UUAGUGAGAGGGUGGAAAGGAUUAGAGACUGUUGAUCUUCUCUUACUCCUUCCAAUUCCCAUUCUCGGGUUCAUUCCUCCAUCUCUUAUUCCUUCCCAUUUCCAUUUCACAGCCACCCAACAUAGAAAAAUGGAAUUCGAUUCUAUCCCAACUGCUUUGUUAAUCUCAAGUAAGGCACCUGUUCAGGUCACACCACGUCGCCCUGAAUCAGUUUUUCAUCCUAGUAUUUGGGGAGAUCAUUUCCUUGCCUACGCUACUGUUGACAUGGAAAUGGAUAUCAACACGAAGCAAAAUCAUCAACAACUUAAAGAAAAUGUGAGAAAGCAACUAGUGGAAGCACAGGGUGAAUAUUCACAACAGCUAAACCUUAUUGAUGCAAUCCAGCGCCUUGGUGUGGCCUACCAUUUCGAAACUGAGAUUGACCAAGGGUUACAUCAAAUAUAUGAAACCUAUCAUCAAAGUGGUCACAAAAAUGUCAACAAUGACGAGGAUCUUUACAUUACUGCUCUCUCCUUUCGAUUACUAAGGCAACACGGAUAUUCUAUCUCUUGUGAUGUAUUCAACAAACUCAAGGACAAUGAAGGGAAAUUUAAGGAAUCGUUGUUUGGUGAUGUGAGAGGAUUAUUGAGUUUGUACGAAGCUACAUUCCUGAGUGUACAUCAAGAAGAUAUACUAGAUGAAGCAAUGGAAUUUACCACCACUCACCUCUAUUCUGCACUACUAAACUUGAGCAAUAAUCCAAUUGCAGCACAAGUAGUUCAUGCUCUAUAUCAGCCCAUCCACAAGGGCUUGACAAGGCUUGAGUCAAGGCAUUAUAUUUCCUUCUAUCAAAAAGAUGAUUCCCACAAUAAAGUUCUAUUGGAUUUUGCAAAAUUGGAUUUCAACUUAGUGCAGAAAUUGCACCAGAGGGAAUUAAGCGAAAUAACAAGGUGGUGGAAAGAUUUAGACGUUGCAGGAAAACUACCUUUUGCAAGGGACAGAUUGGUGGAGAUUUACUUUUGGAUAUUGGGAGUGUACUACGAGCCCCAAUAUAUUCUUGCUAUAAGGAUUCUAACCAAAGCGGUUUUCUUGAUUUCCCUUAUUGAUGACAUAUAUGAUGCUAGCAAUGCUACCAUCGAAGAACUUGUGCUCUUUAAUGAUGCAAUUCAAAGGUGGGAAGUGAUUAGUGCCUUGGAUCAACUUCCAGACUAUAUGAAAAUUGUUUAUCAAAAGAUUUUGGAUACUUACGACAUUAUUGAUGAUGAAAUGGCCAAGCAAGGAAGAUCAUAUGGAGUUGAAUACGCAAAAUCCGCGUUGAAAGAAUUGGUUGGAGCAUAUUUGCUUGAAGCCAAAUGGUAUCACGAAGGCUAUGUUCCAAGUAUGGAUGAGCAUAUGGCACUUGCACUAUUGAGUGCUGGCCACAAGGCUAUUUCAACCCUUUCCCUUAUUGGAAUGGGCGAGUUAGCGACCACAGAGGCCUUUGAUUGGAUGUCAAGUUUUCCUUUGAUUGUUCAUGCUUCAUCAGUGGUUAGCAGGCUCAUGGAUGAUGUGGCUGGCCACAAGUUGGAGCAAGAAAGAGGUCACCUAGACUCCUCAAUUGAAUGCUACAUGAAACAAUAUGGUGCAACAGAAGAAGAUGCUAUCAUUGAAUUCCAGAAACGAGUUACAAAUGCAUGGAAAGACAUGAACUCAGAGUGCCUCCGUCCAACCUCUGUCCCGAUGCCUAUCCUCCAGCUACCUUUCAACCUUGCACGAGUUAUUCAUCUUUUAUACAAUGGUGGAGAUAAUUACACCCAUUCUGGAACCAAGCUCAAGGGAUUUGUGAUCUUAUUACUCGUUGAUUCUGUGCCAACUUGAAAUCUCUAUAAAAAAAAUUGAAUCCAAAGAUCAAGUAAUCUUAUGUAUGGUUACCAUUGCUUAAAAAAAUAAAAGAGUCUUCUAAACUCUGGCCUUGCCUUUGAUGAAACAUGCAUGCAUUCAGCGGAAUGCAUGUUUUUAUCUUCUUAAAGCUAGGUUAGGAAUUCCCUGUAUUUAUAGUAUGCAAUGUAUUAUUUCCAUCAAGAAAUACAAUUUUUUUUCGUUGUUA